UGUUGAUAUAACGAUGACAAAUGCAAGUUUGCAAUCAACUUCGAAAGAACGUAAUAAUAAAGGAUCCAACAGUCUUCGACGACAAUAAUUAACGAUUAUUACACAUUGUACUUGUCAUUCCGUUUUUUUUUCUCCUGUUCUGUUUUUUUUUUUGUUGUUGUUUAUUUAUUGAUAGUUUUUCUAUUCCAUCAUCAACAUCAUGUCGAUGGAAAAACAUUUAUUCAAUCUAAAAUUUGCAGCUAAAGAAUUGGAACGUAAUUCAAAAAAAUGUUUGAAAGAAGAAUCGGUUGAAAAAUUGAAAUGUAAAAAAGCAAUACAAAAAAGCAAUAUGGAAGGUGCUCGUAUACAUGCCGAGAAUGCUAUUCGACAAAAAAAUCAAUCAUUAAAUUAUUUACGAAUGUCGGCCAGAAUCGAUGCUGUUGCAUCACGUGUACAGACAGCUGUCACCACUAAACGUGUAACACAAUCAAUUGCCGGUGUUACUAAAGCAAUGGAUUCAGCUAUGCGUUCAAUGAAUUUGGAGAAAAUUUCGCAAAUAAUGGAUAAAUUCGAGAAACAAUUUGAAGAUCUGGAUGUUCAAACUACUACUAUGGAAAAUUCCAUUAGCAGUUCAACAACGGUAGCAACGCCAGAAAAUCAAGUUGAUUCAUUGAUGCAACAAGUUGCUGAUGAAGCUGGCCUCGAAUUGAACAUGGAAUUACCAUCGGCUGGUCAAACGACUGUCGGCACUAAAUCUACGGUUGCAUCGUCCGAACAGGAUGAACUUUCCAAACGAUUGGCUCAAUUACGACAAAUGUGACCAAUAUAAACACUAUAUAUUAUGGCCAACUUGACAAUUCCUCUUCUUUCAUACAACAUUUAUAAAUCUUUGUUUGUUUGUUUUAAUUGAGUCUUUUUUUAUCUUUUAUAGAUUAAAUGGUUAAAAUUUA